AUGGAUGAUGUCACUCUGGAUGAUGAUCUUAAAAAAUUAGCAGAGCAAAAUGGAUUUAUUGAUGAUAUUAUUAUAAAUAAAUUCUAUAAAGAGUUUAACAAAAGCUAUAACAACUGUAGUAGAUCUAACAUAUGUGACAUUAUAAUAAAAAGUAACAUAAAAAAUGUUAAUUCCGAAAGUCGUAAAUUAUGUUACAACACUGAUUUGAUAUUGAAAAACCAGGAUACAAUUUUUAAAUCUAUUGGUAGCAUUGAAAACAAGGAUAACUUUUGCGAUCAUUUGAAUUAUUGGUUGUAUAACAAAUUAAAUGAUAACCCUUUUCGUUCUAGAAUUAUAAGAAACGUUUAUUUUGCUUGGGAUAAGAUAAAUGAAUUGGGAUAUAAUGGAACUCAUAAAUGCAGGCAUUAUAAUCUUAAUGUAAGUGAAGAAGAUUUCAAAAAUAAGAAAAAACUAUAUGAAUUUUUACAGUGCUUUGACACGAUAAAGAAUAAUUUUGAAACAGUUGAAAAAUCGAGGAAAAAUGAAUAUUGCAAGUAUCUGCAAUCUAUUUUUUCCUUAUACUACACUAAGAAACAUGAAAUAUCAUGCAAUAAAUCUUUAGUAUAUAAAGAAGAUAUAAAACGUUUUGAAAGCAAAAUUAAUAGUGAUCAUUUGAAUUUAUUAGUGGAAAAAUGUCCAGAUAGUAACAUAGAAUUUUUAUACAGGGUUAAUAGUGGUAAUGAAGUAUCACAUAGGACAGAAUAUAAUAAAACUGGACUUUACAACAAAAACUCAUUUUUUACCAAAGAAAUGGGAGAUGCCUUAAGUAUGUUAACUUCACAUAAAGUAUACACUGAUUUAAACAAUAAAGAUGAUAUGGAUAAAUACUGUAGUUAUUGUAUUAGUGUAUUACCUUUAGAAAAAGAUUAUCCUGGGGUCACAGAAUUUUGUAAAUUAUUAUCAAAAAAUUUAUCUAAUAUAAAGGAUAAAAAGGAUCGGGAUGAGCGUUGUUCAUACUUGAUCUAUUGGACAUAUAAUAAUGUUGAGAAUAUAAUUGGUUCUUCUUCGAUCCCUAACAAUUUAAAUCCAGUUAUAAAUGAACUUUUUAAAUUGAUUAUAAUGAUUAAUGGGAAAAUAUUAUAUGAAAAACCUUGCUUGUACUAUCUUGAUGAUAGUGUGGAUGUUUGGGAAGAAGAAAAAUACUUGCAUGAUUAUUUUCAUUAUUUUGAUGAUAUUCAAAAGAAAGGUGAUACUUCUCAGGAUUAUAAACAGAGAUAUUGUGAAUAUAUUAUUCAUAUGAAUAAAUUAUAUGAAUCACAUAUAAACGACUGUUGCAGCUAUUUUUCUAGCGGUUUUUAUUUUAGUAAUUGUAGAAAAUAUUUCAAUUGUGAUAAAAAGUACAAUCCUUACAUUCUAUACUCAAAUUUAAAUUGUGCUCACGUAUUACCCGAAGAGAAUGUUUUCAAAAAAAUUGAACCAACAAAUAUGGACCAUUAUGUUAAAUACGUUACAGAAAUGUCAAAAGAGCGAGCGGAAAUGAUAAAAGACGUGGGGGAUAGUUAUAUCACUGAUAUUUUUGAAAAAACAGAUAAUACAAUAUUGGACGUACUGUUUUAUAUCAUGUCAUUAUCCUUUAUAACAAUAUUGGGAAUAUUUAUCAUUUCUUUUGUUUUUUAUAAGUUUACUGCAAUUAAAUCCUCGUUCAAGAGGAGAAUAAAAAAAAAAGGGAAUAGCUUAAUUCUUCAAAAAAAAAGAAAGCAUAUAUUAUCAGAGAAUAAUGAUGAAAUUAAGAAUAUAAAUGUAGGAAAUCAGAGUGUUAAGCUAGCUUAUCAUACAUUGAGAUAA